AGAAGAAAAAGGAACUUCUUGUUGGCAGGAGUCCUGCUACUGAACCUCCGAAGCGUGUUUCACUUGAUCCCUUAAGACGGGGAGUUAAAGGCAGUGGAGAAAAGGAAAAGCACCCGUUGAGCAGCAAAAAGUUGAAGGGUUCCCCCCGUUCUGAUUCUAGGUUAUUGUCUAGUAGAAGUAGAGUGAAAAGUGAGUUAUCAAAGUCCAGAUCUAGAAAAAACUUUAUUAAGAAGCUGGAUGAACAACUGAAUUCGGGGGCUGGUGAUGGAAUGAUUGACGAUGGUAAUGGAGACGAUGUUCCUGACAUGCUAAAUGUUGGUUUAGAUACUCAAAUAGCUGCUGAAGCUAUGCAAACAUUAUGCUUUGGAGCUCCUGUGCUGGAAAAUGAUUGUAGCAAUGAGAAGAAAGGUGAUAAGACAUUGACGGAUGGUUCUUGCAAAGAUCGAAUUGAUGAUGAGAGUCUGUCAAAGCGAAGGUCCUCCAAGAAAAAAGCACGAUCUUCAAGAAUGUCCAUGAGCACAAUGCAGAAGGAUGCCAGAUUAGUUGAAGAGAACUAUCAAGAAAGAGUGAAACAACAGAAAAGUAUCAAGAAGCAAGGCAAUGAAGAACAAGGGGCCCGAUUAAAAAUGAUCAAGCCAAAUAUGACGAAACUCCAUGCUUCAAGGGGAAGAGAAGAAGAGAUAAGACAGGAGGAAAGACCACCAAAAGCAAGCGCAGGUUCCAUGUCUGUCAAGGAUUGUCACUCCACACCUGUAGCUCAUCGAACUAGGCAGCACCAGGUAGAGAGUCAACCAAAAAGACGUCUGUCUGCCACUGCCACUUUUGAUAGAAGCGGGACAGAUGCUGAGGCUUGUGAGACUUUGAUGGAUCGAAGUACACUUGCUACCAAUCAAACUGCCAACCUAAGAAAUAUGGAAUCAACAUGGGCCAGCCUUUCUGCUGUAGACUAUCCCAAGGGAAGAAGAAGUCACCGGAAGAUGCCUACCAUGGGGCAAGAGACCACUACUCAAUCUUGUAGAAGGUCAAAGAGAUUAAGAGGUGACCAGACAAGUACUUCAAUUAAUGUCAGCACAAAAAAGAGAAAGUGUUCAUCUGAAUGCACUCUCCCCGAUAUUGCAUCCUCAGAGAGGGGGUCUCAUAAGAAGCUCUUACAGGAAGGCAUAGAUAAAAGACAUCUGGAUGGUAACAGCACUAAUGAUGCUUUUGCUGAUGGAAGUGCAAAAACAAUUCUACAUAAGUCCAUAAAAGAUUCUAAUAGGAAAACUAAUGUAGAGAUAACAAGAUCUGUUGAUGAAGCACAAGGAACAGAAUCUUCAACAGGAGAGCAGUGUAAAGCGUCAGCUUCAGCGUGCACCACUCCCACCAAUUCAAAAAUCCAGAAGAAUGCUGUGUCACCUAUUUGUAUGGGUGAUGAGUAUCAUAAACAAUCGUGCAGGAAGAAUAUGUCAAGAUCAUCUCUUUUGAGAGAAAUCACUUCCUUACAUUCUACUGGAACACAAAUUGGCUCCACCAUAAAAGAUUCUAGGAAGAGGCGAGAAAUGACUAAUGUUCGAGUCUUGUUCAGUCAGCACCUGGAUGCAGAUAUUAUUAAACAGCAAAAGAAGAUCUUAGCCCGGUUAGGAGCCUCAAGCGUAUCAUGUAUGUCCGAUGCCACUCAUUUUGUGGCUGAUGAAUUUGUUCGCACUAGAAACGUGCUAGAAGCUAUUGCUGUAGGGAAACCUGUGGUGACACAUCUAUGGCUUGAGAGUUGUGGACAAGCUAGCUGUCUUAUUGAUGAGAAAAAUUAUAUCUUGAGAGAUGCAAGAAAAGAAAAAGAGUUCGGCUUCAGCAUGCCAGUUUCAUUAGCACGAGCAUGCCAACAUCCCCUUUUACAGGGAUAUAGAGUUUUUACCACUCCAAAUACAAAGCCUGGUAAAGAUAUAUUGGCAAGUUUGGUGAAGGCAGUUCAUGGUUUGGCAGUGGAGCGACUUGGUAGAUCGGUUAUGAAAGAGGAAGUUGUUCCUGACGAUCUUCUAGUUUUAUCUUGUGAAGAAGACUAUGAAGUUUGCAUCCCUUUCCUUGAGAAAGGAUCAACAGUAUAUAGUUCGGAGCUCCUAUUGAAUGGGAUAGUUACUCAGAGACUGGAGUUUGACAGGUACAGCCUCUUCACAGAUUAUGUUAAGAGAACUCGUUCAACAGUAUGGGUGAAGAAAAAUAACAAUCAAUACCUCGCUGUUGCGAAAUGCAAAUAAGCUUGAGGCUUAGUUGUCUUUUAAAAGAGUGGCGUAUGCAUUCCUUUAAGAGGCAGUUGUAUCAUAAGUGUAGGUAUCUGUAAAUUUAAUUUGUUUUUAAUGUAUAGCGUUUCAGUCUUCUCUCAUGCAAUUUUGUGCUAUGUAAUUUGUUUUUAUUCUGCUUUUAUAUGGCUUCUUGGUACC